GUUCUUCAGCACCGAGCUCCAAACGAUCACCUGGCGGAAGUCUGCCCCAUUUCUGUUCCAUUUGGAGCUGCCGCUCACCCUCCGCUGCUGCAGGACACUCCUGGCAUCACUCCAGGAUCACCCCCAGCUCUGCCACAGCACUCUGGGGAUGCCAGGAGGCUCUGCCUGCAACACCGUUACCAAUUUUCUGGAGACCUCCGCAGAACACCCACCGAAGUAAACCUUCCUGCACAGAGCCCCGCUGUUGAUCUCGGCAACAAAAGCGAGCAGCAGGCGCAGCAAAGGGUUAACGCCGGCUGCUCGUGUUUCUGCCUUCCCUCUUUCAGGCUCGGUUCCUGCCAGGAGGAAGCAGUUCAAGUUGAAGGCUGGUGGUGCGCGUGGCGGCAGCGGGCGCAUGUCUGCGCUCCCCAGCAGCCGGAGCAGGGAGGGUCUGGCAGGCAGCGAGCGGCCCCCCCGGGAUGGCACAGGGCUCCGAGUGCCGGAACUCCCUCCUCUAUUACUACAGCGUCAAGUUUGCUCUGUCCACCUAUGCCACUCUCUUCUCGAUGUCCAUUUGCUUGGGAAACAUACCAGAUCUUCCUUGAAGGGAUGGAUCUCCCUCCUUCGUGGCUGACAAGAGUUGCCCCCAUAGCGUGAAGAUCAUCGGCCUCGUGAUCCUGUGCAUUGGGAUUUAUGCUGAAGUGGAGAGGCAGAAGCACAAAACCCUGGAAGGGAUGUUCCUUGCUCCAGCCAUCAUCCUGCUUCUGCUGGGCUUCACCAUGUUCAGCGUCUCCUUCGUCGGCAUGGUGGGGAGCCUCAGGGACAACCGGACACUUCUGAAGAUAUUCUUUUGGGUCCUUCUGGUGAUCUUCAUCACGGAGCUGCUGCUGAUAUUCAUUGAAAUCAUCUUUGAAAACAAGAUGAAUGCAGUUUUGCACUCUAACAUUCAAGAGGGCAUUCGGCACUAUUACGACGACCUCGACUUCAAGAACAUCUUGGAUUUUGUCCAGGAAAAGUUUUCUUGCUGUGGUGGUGAUGAAUACCGAGACUGGGAGGUUAAUCUGUACCACUCCUGCAAUGGCAGCGGACCGCUUGCGUGCGGCGUGCCCUACACGUGCUGCAUCAGGAAGGUCCCUGGGGAAGUCAUUAACACCCUGUGUGGAUACAGGACACUCGAUAAAGAGCGCCUGGAGCUGCUCGACGUCAUCCACGUGCGAGGCUGCAUCCACGCCGUGGGGCUGUGGCUGAAAGAUAACUUUGAGUCCACUUUGAGCAUUGUUUGCUCGCUGCUGCUUCCCCAGGUGGUCGGCCUGGUGAUGGCGUGGCUGUACUGGCAGAAGCUCAAUGAGAUUUACUCCCAGCUGGACACCGUGGACUUCAGGAUGCUGGAGGUGCGCGAUUUCAGCUUCGGGGCAUUGGAUCUGAGCGGCGCAGGCUGGUGCUGGUGCUUGCCCAAGGAAGGAGGAUACAUCCCCGUCAAUGCCAUGGAGGAAGAUGAGGAGGAAGGCGUGUGUGCCACAGCCAAGAGUGAGGAGCCGGAGGGCUGAAAGCAGUAAUGGCAGAGGAAGCUUCGAGCAAAACUCUCAGUGAGACAGCUGAUGCUGGAUGUGAAAGCAUUGCAGUCUGUUUUCUCAGGUUCAGGAGAUACCUUUGGGGAAAACUGCAAGGUAGCAUUGGGAGGCUGUAACAGUGCAAUACACUGUGUGGGUACGUGAGCUCCUGAGGGCCCUUUUACUGCAUUGCUGACUUGAAAUAUUUGUACAUCUGGGUUUUUUUUUUUUAGUUUUUACACAAUAAAUGUGACUGCUGUUCUGUUUUGCAAA